AGAGGUGAGAAAAAUAGACUCAGUCAGUCUCACGCCAGAAAGGAGGCUGAGACUGAUAGCGCCUCUGCGCGCAGUGUAAUCUUCGCGCCAAACUCUCACCAUUUGGUUUCCUUUGAACUUAGAGACCAAGUUUCAUGGAACAGUACGAGAAGGUUGAGAAGAUUGGUGAAGGAACCUACGGCGUCGUUUACAAGGCUCGUGACCGUGUUACCAACGAGACCAUCGCGUUGAAGAAGAUUCGGCUGGAGCAGGAAGAUGAGGGGGUUCCCAGCACCGCCAUUCGAGAGAUUUCCCUCUUGAAAGAGAUGCAGCACAGGAACAUUGUUAGAUUGCAGGAUGUAGUACACAGUGAGAAGCGAUUGUAUCUGGUUUUUGAGUACCUGGACUUAGAUUUAAAGAAGUUCAUGGACUCAUCUCCAGAGUUUGCAAAAGAUCUACGACAAAUAAAAAUGUUCCUUUACCAAAUUCUCUGUGGCAUUGCUUACUGUCAUUCACACAGAGUUCUUCAUCGAGACUUAAAACCUCAGAAUUUGUUGAUAGAUCGCAGCACUAAUGCACUAAAGCUUGCAGAUUUUGGAUUGGCUAGGGCAUUUGGAAUUCCUGUUAGGACAUUUACACAUGAGGUGGUGACACUGUGGUACAGAGCUCCAGAAAUAUUGCUUGGAUCCCGUCAUUACUCUACCCCGGUCGAUGUUUGGUCUGUGGGAUGUAUAUUUGCUGAGAUGGUAAACCAACGACCUCUUUUCCCUGGGGACUCUGAGAUUGAUGAAUUAUUUAAAAUAUUCAGAAUCUUGGGUACGCCAAGUGAAGAUACAUGGCCUGGAGUGACAUCAUUGCCUGAUUUUAAAUCAGCCUUUCCCAAGUGGCUGCCUAGGGACCAGAAAACUGUGGUUCCAAAUCUUGACUCUACUGGUCUUGAUCUUCUUUCUUGUAUGCUUUGCUUGGAUCCCACCAAAAGAAUCACUGCCAGGAGCGCUCUUGAGCAUGAAUACUUCAAAGACAUUAAAUUUGUACCCUAAUUUCUUACAUUCACGGCAGUGGUGUCUAUAUUACUGUGUAGCAUCUAUGAUUGACUCUCAGAACUGUGUGCUCCUUGCUAUUUCCUUCAAUGCUUUGGGACCGAAUCAUAUUUCAUUUAUUUGUUUCUACAGAAUCAUUUUAUAUUCUGCUUGAGUGUGAUCAUAUUGCCUAUUACCCUUUUAAUGUAUUAGUCUCUACAACGCAACAAGCAAAUUUUAAGUUUGCUUGAUGUGUUACAGUUACAGAUAUAGUGCUGAAUGCUGCUAGUAAAACAAAUCAUUACUCCCGGGAAGCAUGUAAAUUUGACUUCCGUUCU